CAGGCUAAAGGACCACUCCAACAAUGAGGGGAUUUUGCACCAUCAAAUUACUGUCAAAGAGGCCUAUCACCACCCCUCUUUUUUUCAAGAGAUACAGACUAUGGAUCAUACUCAUUUAAGAGUGCCUAUGAGGAAAUCAGACCUAACAGAAGUAUUCAUAAUAGCAUUCAGAACAUCUGGAAUAAAAACAUUCCUACUAAAAUCUCUUUCUUCAUGUGGAAGGUGAUAAACAACUUGCAACCUUUUCAGGAAAAGUUACACCUAUUUGGCAGUCAUGGCCCCUUUAAACGUCCCUUUUGCAAUAACUUUGAUACAAGAGACCACUGUUAUACCUCCUGUGAUUUAAGCAAGAAACUUUGGACCCAUUACAGUAACCUUCUUAAUAUCGUGAAUCAUAAUAGUGAGUCUCUAAAUUCUGUUUUAAAUCACUGGUUCACUGCCAAAGAUGAUUUUGAAAAUCUUAAUAGCCAGGUUGCUAUCUACAUUUGUUGGAUUAUUUGGAAAAGAGGAAACAUGUACAUUCAUGAUGAUACUGAUAUUUUAAUUUAUGAGGUUAUUAAUAUUAUCAAUAAGGAGAUUAAGGAUGUUAGUUGGGCCAAACCUUUUGUCACCAAAGCCACUGAGCCCCCAUUUUAGACAUCCAGAUUAUUAAACCCAAGUUGAAAGUUCAAAAACAUACCAACCGAGUUCUUAGUUGGACUAGACCUCCUGCCAACUUCAUCAGAAUUAACAUAGCCAUCAGAACUACAAGGGAUGAGAAUAUUAUUUCUGGAACGAUCAUUCGAGAUAGCCAGGGGCACAUGAUACAUUACCAGUUCAAUACUCAUAAUCAGUCUGACUACACUUCCAUAUUUUGUGAUAUUGUUAUCAGCCUGAAAAUUCUGUUUCAUGAUAACAGGUACACUAACAUCAUUAUUGAGAGUGACAGAUUACAGGUACUCAAGACUAUUCAAGGAACCGAAAGCCCAAGGUGGACAACGAUAGCAAACCUUUAAGCCUUUACAUAAAUCUAUCAUUACAUUCAUUUUGACUAUUCUUACAUUAAGAAAUCUUGUAAUAGGGCGGCUUAUUUUGUUGCGGCUAACGCAAAUUUUAUUACUAAUAGCCCAAACAUUUAUACGAAAUUUCAGGGUAUUCUCAAAUUUGAUGCAAUUAGCUACCCUUAUGUUGUGUAAUGUCGGUAGGUUUUGGCAAAAUGUCCCCCUACCAUGUACUUUUUUU